ACCUCCACUUGUGUGUGUGUUUUCUUUUUCACCAGCAGCAGCAGCAGCUGCUGCUAUUAUUGCCAUCGUCUAGAUUGAACAGCUGUAGUAGCAGUUGUUCUUUUAUCGUGUCUAAGUUUGCUGUGACGGAGGUCGUUUAGAGUCCCUUUCGCAUCAUACAGACUGCUGCUGCUGCUUUCUACUCCACCGCGCCGCACUUCAAUUGGUGCCAGCCACAGCCAUGCGGCCGUCGCAGCACGACGGCGACAGUGGGAAGCACUGUGACGUCGCCGACCAGCGCACCAACAGCCGGGUGGGCGACUCCUCUUACCGUUCCUCCGCCCACGAGCGCCGCUCCGCGCCAUGGCUCGGCUGCAAAGGCUCCCGGCAGAGGCCUGUCUCUCUCCCCCAAAGCUCCCUCCGCGCCAUGGUCCUCGCCUGCCCCCCUCCCGCCAACGCUACCUCCUCCUCUACAUCCAACGCCCUGGGCCUCAGCCCCAGCGUCAGCCUCGAGAUUCGCCUCAUCCAGCCGGAUUCCACCUCCGUCGCCGCCUCCAUCUCCCCUGCUUUCUCCGACGCCAACCGGCCUCCCUCCCCCAUCGGCCUCUUCUCCUCCUGCUCCAAGAAAUUAACCCUCCUAUCCGAACCACCCUCCGACGACGGCGUCGAACGCCGCCACAAGCGCAUGCUGAAGAACCGCGAGUCCGCCUCCCGCUCGCGAGCUAGGAAGCAGGCUUACGUCAACCAGCUCGAACUGGAAAUCGAGCAGCUUCUGGAGGAGAACUCCAAGCUAAAGAAAGAACUCAAGAGGCUAUCCAUGGAGAUGGCCGCCCAGCAAUUAUACCCCCUAAAGAACAAGCUGCAGAGGAGCGCAACUGCACCAUUUUGAGCAAUCCUACAAUACCCCCUAAAGAACAAGCUGCAGGGGAGCGCAACUGCGCCAUUUUGAGCAAUCCUACAACUGAUUCUGAAACAGUUGUUCCGAAGGAGCACUCGCCCAACGUGGAUGUACCUAAAUUUGUGUGUAUGAUGCUUGAAUUGGGAGAUAUCGCUCAUGUUGGGUGAAGAAAGAGAUUGUGCAGGAAUGCAGCUGUGCUGGAAAUAUGAAUGGAAAAUAACUGUGAUCAAGAGAUUUUAUUGUAUAUGAGUUGUUAGGCUAGUAUUAGAAGUAUUUUAGUUUUA